AGCUUCCAAGAAAGUGAGAGAGAAAAUAUAGAUCCUCACAGAAAGUGCGCAAGCUAGCAAAAUCCGGUUCCGGUAUCGCGCGAUGCCCGAACCGCAUCGUCAGUAUUUUCUUUUUCUUAGGGUUUUCUUUCUUCAUCACUAUAUAAGUAAACGAAUAAACGAAGCUUCUUCUCACUUGUCAGCUUUGAUUCUCAAGCACUGACGAGAAAUCAAAGGGAGAUUUGCAGAAGGAUCAUAUCCCAUGGAUAAUCACUUUGACUUCACUUUAGAGGAUGAUAAGGAGGUGGCAUCUCCAAAAAGGGAGGAACAAUUCACUAUGUCGAAUCAAGAGAAAUAUCAAGCAAGCGAUGAUCAACUUUCCGGACAAUCUCGGCUGUCCAAUACUGGAAGAAGAAGUCAAGGAGUUAUUACUCAAGAACAACAACGUGAAAGAAAGAGAGAGAUUGAUAAGGCAUUCCGCCAGCGAAGAAAGGAACAAGAAAUUAAAAUGAAGGAGAAUUUGCAUAUUCUCAAUGAAGAGAACACAAGUCUAAAGAGGGAAAAUCAAGUCUUGAUGACGGAAAAAGACUCCAUGGCUCAAAAUUUGCAGGCAGCGGGCAAGGAAACCCAACAACUUCAAUCCGAAAUCGUUACUUUGAAUCGCAAUAUUGCUAAUGGGCAACAUUUUGUGGAUUUAUAUUCGAAUCAACUGGUUGCUAGCAACACUUCCCAUCGCGUGAUUGAACUCAGACAACUUGAGAUCGACAAUUAUAUCUUAAGACAAACUGACUGGGAGAACUGGGACUCAGAAAAACAACUUCUUCUGCAAAACAUUGCAGGAUUGGAAGUUGAAAACAAGUGGCUCAAACUACAACAUCAAGCCUUAAGUGAGUUCGUAAACAUUAAUGAGGAUGGCCAACAAGGAUACACAGCAUAAUCUAUAAUGUAUAUAAAUGUAGCCAACUAAUUAUCAGCUAAGCAACUGCGUAUUUUCUGGCUAAUUCUUUAUAAUAUAUAGUUUAUGUAAAUGUAUUCAGGUAAUAAGCUAAAAAAAUUGUGUAUUCACUUCAUAAAUUCUUUAUUUUAGGUUAAAUGUAAUCAAAGUACUGUUUAUCAGUUAAACAACUGGGUAUUUGUUAGC